GACCGUAACGCUGCGACAGUAAAUGAUAAGUAUUUAGUCUUAACUUCCCAUUUGUCUCCACGUCCUUCGUCACACUUUUACAACACUGCUCUAUUGUGCAUCUAUCCAAUAGGCAAUAUGGGUAAAUCGGAGCUUUACCAAAGUGGCAUGGCCUUGCCUUAUUCCCCUAACAGCAGCGUCCAGAGAGACGCAAGGAAUCCCUCCUAUCUAUCCCAGGUUUAUACCAUUAUAUCGGUUGCACUACUCUUUACGGCUUUCUUUCUCGCCCAGUACGAUCGGUUUAUCCUUUCAUACUUUCAGCUCCCACUCACAACUGAACUUAACAUAUCAUCAAGUGAAUAUGCCAUUCUUUCGGGUUACGCCACUGGAAUAUCAUUUGCCAUUCUUUCCAUUCCUCUGGCUUCCAUCGCCGAUCGCUCUAAAGCGCGCUUGUGGAUACUCACCUUGUCUAUCGCAUGGUGGUCCUUGUCUGUCGUGUUUCAAGGACUUGCUCAUAAUUACUGGCAAAUAGCCACUGCUCGGGUAUCAAUGGGAAUCGGUCAAAGUGCGGUCGAAGCCUUGACUGUGAGCCUGAUUUCCGACUUGAUGGGCCCAAGGAGAUACGUCUCUACGGGGGAAGGCGUCCUUUACAUGGGAAUCUAUGUCGGUGAAGCCAUCAGUGGUCAGAUUUCGACCGUUUUCCGCAGGACAGGGACCAGUUGGCGUUGGGCUUUAAAGGGGGUCGGCAUCUUCGGAAUCGGAUUAGCAAUUGUUAUACGUGUGGUCAUGUGGAAAGAACCUCGACGGCGUGACGCUAUCGCACGGAGUCUGACUGACGAGGGAGAAGGAGAAGGAAAUGGCCAGGGAACAUCGUUUCGGAACACACUGAACUACGUCAUAUCUAUGAGGUCCUUCUGGCUCUAUACGCUUGCUGCGGGAGUCCGGACGCUGUCAGGCGUUGUGUUUGGUUACUACAUGCCCGGGUAUCUCCAACAACUUUACCCCGAGACGAAAAAUCUCACCUCGGUUUACGGCAUCAUCGUUGGUGUCGUUGGUUCUGCCACAUCCCUCUCUGGCGGCCUGGUCACGUCAGCGCUCUGGCCCAAGACGAAGCUUACCCCACUUUAUCUCGUCUCGGCGGGCGGAGUGCUCAGCAGCGUCUUUGUCAUUCUUAUGGUGUUCUCACGAGAACUUGUCGGAGACAAAGAGUCAGGCGUAAAGGUCCUUUACGGUACCCUUGCGGCAGCAUACGUUACUGCGGAGCUAUGGCUUGGUCCAGUAAAUGGAUUGCUAGUCAUUUUGUUUCCUCCAAAGUACAAGACCUUCGCAUUUUCGAUUUAUUCGGCAAUUGUGGUGCUCAUCUAUUCCUCUGGCCCGGAGAUUGUUGGUCUGGCACUGGAUGGAGUGAACCCGGACAGCGAAAACUAUGCGCAGAGCCUAAAGAUUAUACUUGCUGUCAUCAUCCCUCUUGGCUAUAUUCUGAGCUCUAUCGGAUUCGCUUUAUGCAUUCCGUUGGUUAAGGCAGAUAUCAAAAGACAGCGACCUGAAUUCAAAAGUUCAACAGCGUCACUCAACCCCUGA